AUGGGUGGGCAUGUGACAUCGACGCUGUGCACACCGAGCCGGUGGAGCGCUUUGAACGGCCGCUUUGCCUCGCGCAGCCAAGAUCUCCUCAAUGACUACCCGGCGGGAGGUCCCGGGCGGCCCCUGACGCUCUCCGCCCGUCCCUUCCUCAGUAUUCAGUGGAACACCUACCUCAUCGAGGGCGACAUGACCAUAGCGAUGGCGCUGCAAGACCACGGCUACUUGACGGGCGCAGUGGGGAAGUGGCAUCUUGGCGCUCCGCGGCUCAUCUACCCGUACGACCCGAGCCCCCACUACCAAGACUACGAGCUCCUCGAGCGGCAAAACAACUUGACACGAGAGCACUGCAGAGAGUUCGGAUUCGGGGUGUGUGACCGCGUCUACCGCUCAAACGUUGGUGCUGUGGAGGUGAACAACGACAUCCCGUUUGAGCUCAAGUACCACAAUCUCGAGUGGGUGACGGGCGGGGCUCUGGCCUUUCUGGGGCAAGCCGAGCGAGUCAAGCUGCCGUGGUUCCUCUAUUAUGCCUUCACCGCGCCGCAUGGGCCGCCGACUCGGUUGAGCCUUAAUAACCCGGCAUACGUGACGCCUCUUGGAAUCAAGUAUGAGGGCAUGACGCAGCAGGAGUGGCCUCAGGAGCACCUGCAGCCGCGAGGCACCGUCUAUGAGCGUGCACUAGCUGCUGGCGUCACGGAUCCGGACUUCCAGGCGAGCACCAGUUCGCCCGCCAUCACUUGGAUGGACGAUGCAGUCGAGACGCUCAUGGCCAAGGUCGACGAGCUCGGUAUGCGUGAGCAAACAAUGACCAUAUACAUCUCGGACCACCAGGCAGACGUUAUUGGGAAGGGUACCUGCUACUGGGCCACCAACGUGCCCUUCAUUGUCAACUGGCCCGGAACCGUCGCGCCAGCUGCCGGGACUGAGCUGCUUGCCUACCACCUCGACGUCUUCCCGACGAUCCUCGACUACGCGGGCGUCAACGCCGCGAGCUUGACACCUCUUCCGGGCCCGACGACUGCGCUCGUCGCGUGCGGGGGCGGCGACGCGAACCCGCAGUGCCACGCCUUGGGUGUGCUGGAGAAAACCGUGUUUCUCGACGAGAAGUACGGGGUGCGCUGCUGCUCGGACACCGUGAGGGCCGCUCCCUGGAGGCAGGGCGCGGACUGCGCCGUGUGGGCAGAGUCAGACGCUGGCUUUGGCCCGGGUGGGAGUACGCAGUGCCAUCGAUCCUCGACUUUUGCCGAAGCGGAGGCCAUCUGCCUUGCAGCGAGCGCCCGCUUGUGCACCGCGGCGGAAAUUCACGCAGGCUGCACCAAGACCACCGGAUGCGCUCUCGACGGCGCGCUCAUCUGGACGGGCGACGUGACGACGCCGGCUCCCAAGCCGCUCCAUCUCGAUGGCAAGAGCCUCCGACCCCUUCUCGAGGGUGGGCCCGUCAACUCGGCGGGUAAGCCGGAACCGUGGAUGUGGCGGAGGUACAUCCUGCUCGAGGUUUUCUACACGCGCGCGGUCGUGUCGUGGGACGGCUGGAAGUACUUGGCCAAGCGCUUCCCGCCCGAGGUCCAGGCGCUCGCAGACCAAGGCAUCCCGGUGGACCACCAGGGCCUUCCACCGGAGCACAGGCAGUACCUUCGCCUCUUCAAGGGCGAGCUCCCCGAGCACUACCCUUACUACCUCGACGACGACCAGCUGUACCACCUUUACGACGGCAAUACGUACCUAAACGAAAGCGUCAACCUCUACGACUCGAACGCCCCGGAUGCUGUGGCUGCGCUCGCCAAGCUCGAGACGGCCAUGGCGGAGGCACAUUUCGCGGACUGCUGCGAGCGCACCAGCGCGGGCCACAUGCGCUUGCGGGACGCAUCGCCCCAAAAGGAAUGA